AGGCUGCAGGACCUUGCGGAGGCGGCGAAGGAGGCGGAGACUCAAAGCGCGACCGACCUGAGCUUCUUGCUUUUGCCCCUCUCUUUCUGCAGCACCCACAUCCAAGUGGUCAGCUUUGACAACAGGCCGUUUGCCCGCACGUCCUGCGGCACAGAAGGCUUCCAGAAUGCCAAGAAGGGAACUGCCAUCGCGGCACAGACCGCAGCCAUUGCAGCAGCGGUGAAGGCACGUGGGAAGGGUGUAUUGCACGUACGAGUCAUGGUGAAAGGACUGGGACCAGGACGCAAAGCUGCCAUCAAGGGUUUGACUAUGGGAGGUUUGGAGGUCAUCUCCAUCACCGACAACACGCCGGUUCCGCACAACGGCUGCCGCCCGCGGAAAGCCAGGCGCAUGUGA